UUCCUUGUUGGGCUUGCUGCUUAUUCAUGUACUGAUGUCUGGACGAGGAAAACAAGGCGGCAAGGCGCGCGCCAAGGCCAAGACGCGCUCGUCGCGGGCCGGUCUGCAGUUCCCCGUGGGCCGCGUGCACCGGCUGCUCCGCAAGGGCAACUACGCCGAGCGGGUCGGGGCCGGCGCGCCCGUGUACCUGGCGGCCGUGCUGGAGUACCUGACGGCCGAGAUCCUGGAGCUGGCGGGCAACGCGGCCCGAGACAACAAGAAGACGCGCAUCAUCCCGCGCCACCUGCAGCUGGCCAUCCGCAACGACGAGGAGCUCAACAAGCUGCUGGGCAAGGUCACCAUCGCGCAGGGCGGCGUCCUGCCCAAUAUCCAGGCCGUGCUGCUGCCCAAGAAGACCGAGAGCCACCACAAGGCCAAGGGCAAGUAGAAGCGACCUUACUCGGCGGCAUCUCCAGCAGGCCCAGUCCUAACCAAAGGCUCUUUUCAGAGCCACCCAACUUGUCACUGAAAGGGCUUUCUUGUUUUUUAGGCAGGUGACUGAAAGUGCCAUAUGCAGCAGUCGAUCUUUAGAUGUCAGUAUGUAAACUCCCCAGAAAAGGGAAAGUAACCCAUCCACUUAAGUUAAAAUACAAACGUUACCAUCGGCUCAUUACAAAGGACACAGAUACUUUGUGUCUGGUAAUUAAGGCUAGCAGUGCAGUCGGCCUUCAGCGUUAAACCGUGAGAAAAAUACUGGGGGAAAGAAUGCUUCGCCAAAGGCAAAUAUUUAGAUGCAAAUGUAGUAACUGACAGAUCAACAAAACCACCUUUGAACUCUCUUCAAAGCCCUUGUUUUACAUCUUAAUGGGACAACCCAUCUGCAAUUCUCCCCUCUCAACUCUGCUGGGCCCUAACCACUUGUAAGCAAGAAUACAGCGCUACCUGUCCCGGAGUCCUGUCCUUUAGGCCAAGCUUAACACGGGCUUCAGCGGGACUUGAAAAAGGCCCACACACAGUAAUCUUGUAUCAUGUACAAGUGAGGAUUUUUUUCUUGACCCGGUUUCACUCACACGGCAGGGAAAUUGUGAAAUGUACUGGAGUGCUUUUAUAUGAGGAUGGCACAGUUAGUAUAAAGUAAAUGUGUUCAUGUAGUUCUAAUAUCAAAUGUGAAAUUCAGAGUAAUUCCUAAUAUUAGACAAUUUACUAAUCGUCCUGGUGCAUUUAGAAAAGCUACAAAAGCCUUGGAAGAUCUCUGAAAGAUAUCUAAAUUUAAAGAGAGAAAUCAAGACAUUGACGUGAAAUUAGCCUUCCUGAAUUUGAGUAAGGCUAAGCAAAUCAGUUGGCCAAUCACAUCUGGCGCGCGCUUUUUCAAAAAGAUGAAAGCCAGUUUCAGGUGCCAGAAUUUAAAAUUUUCCUCAGCAAACAAGAUACAUCGUUGUAAUAUUUACAUUAAAUUCUGCCCAGAAAAGGCAAAGAACGUUGUAAAGAAACGACACGAAAACAGUAGAGGCGAAAAAGGAUUGCAAACAUCAGAAGCUGCGAGGAUGGGUGGCAGGAAGAUGUUAAUUUUCGGUUUGUGAACACAUCGGUGGCUCAUGUGAUCAGGAAGUGUGUGCCGCUACCAACCAAUACGGUCCCCGCGAGGCGUA